AUGUCUGUGUCGACGGCCUCCGAGGCCGAGAUCAAGCGCAACCCGCACCCGGACUUCAAGAAGGUCGAGGCGUCCCGGCCGGACUGGGACCGCGAUGCGUCGUUCCGCUUCACCAAGACGGCCGCGCCGGGGUGGAAGUUCGGCGACGGCGCCAACGGGCUCUACCCGGCGCCCGCGGGCGCCAAGCACGUCGAGAUCGACCCGUACGAGCCCGGCCGGCCCGCGCCCUUCAACUACAAGCUGCUGAUCUCGUCGAUCGUGCCGCGGCCGAUCGGGUUCGUGUCGACGCGGUCGCCCGACGGCGGCGCCGUCAACCUGGCGCCCUUCAGUUACUUCAACAUGGUCAACCAUGACCCCCCGCUGUUCGUGCUGGGGUUCGCCAGCGGGCUGGAGGCGCCGAAGGACACGCUCAAGAACCUGGUUGAGAGCAAGGAGUGCACCGUCAACAUCAUCAGCGAGGGCUUCGUCGAGGCCGCCAACGCCGCCAGCGUCGACGCCCCCUACGGCGCCAGCGAGUGGGACGUCAGCGGCCUGACCCCCGUCCACGACUGUCGGGACGUCAAGGCGGCGCGUGUCGGCGAGGCCGUCUUCAGCGUCGAGUGCAAGCUGGAGAGCGCGCGCGAGUUCCAGAGCCGCGCGACCCCCGGCAAGACGACGGGCUGCAUGGUCGUGCUCGAGGGCACGCGGUUCUGGGUCCGCGAGGACGCGCUCAACGAGGAGAAGAACCUGGUCGACCCGGCGGUUCUGCGGCCGAUCAGCAGGCUGGGCGGCAUCACGUACGGGAGGUUGACGGAAGCCAUGGAGAUAACUCGGCCGGUGUUCGCUAAGGAUGUCGGUGGGAUGGAGGGCUAUGACAAGCUGAAGAAGGCGCAAGGACCCAACGGGGCAGAUAAGAAUUAA